AUGUGUGAAGAAACAGCAAAUUAUCUUUGGGCAGAAAAGGAUGUACUCGGGCGUGGUGCUACAUCUCAAGUAUACAAAGCAUAUGACAAAGCAACAGGAGAACUAGUUGCUGCUAAAGUUUAUCCAGUUGCAUCUGGUCUUCGUUCACAAUACGGUGCUAAUCCAAAUAAUCGUGACAGAGAUUUUCGUCGAAUAUUAGAUCGUGAAAUGGAUAUACUUAAAGAUACGAAACAUGAAAAUAUUGUUCGAUAUAUUGGAGUCGAACCAGUUACAUACUCCGAUGCAGUAGUUGCACCGGGUACACGUGAAGCACUAUUCAUUGAAUAUUGUAAUGGCGGAAGUCUAAGUAAUGUUUUGGAAUUAUUCGAAAAUCGUUAUGGUCUUGUGGAUGAUGAAUUUAUGUUAGUUUUCAAACAUCUUACCAAUGCAUUAAGAUAUUUACGUGAUAAAAAUACAAUUCAUCGUGAUAUUAAACCCGAUAAUAUAAUGCUUUCCAUUAAUAUUAAUGGUGAACGUACGUACAAGUUAGCUGAUUUGGGUGUUGCUCGACUUAUCAAUGAAGGUGAAAAUGCAUUUACCUCCAUUGUUGGAACAGAAGAAUAUAUUCAUCCAGUUUUAUAUCAUGCUGCUAUACCUGACACAAAUUCAAAUAUUUUACCAACAACAUUACAAACACGUGUUAAUUUUCCAUUCGAAGUUGAUUUAUGGUCAUUAGGCGUUACUCUUUAUCAAUGUGCAACAGGUGCACUCCCAUUUCAACCAUUUGCUGGUACACGUAAAGAUCGAACUGUCAUGAGACGCAUCCUAGAUUCAAAACCAUCAGGUGUAAUUUCUGGUGUUGAAAAAUUACCUGGAGGACAAAUUGAAUGGUCAAAAAAAUUACCCGAUACAUGCCGUUUAUCACCAGGCCUGAGACGUCGAUUAGAAUUUAUAUUACCACGAUUAUUGGAAUCAAAAAUCGAUAGAUUAAUGAAAUUUGAAGAAUUUUUUAAGGAAACUGAUCAUGUCCUUAAUUUAGUAAAAAUUUAUUAUUUAAAUUUAAAACGUUUUAAAUUAACAUGUGCUUAUUUGGAGCCAACACAAUCGAUAUUGAAAUUAUAUGAUGAAUUACUUGAGCAGAACGACGAUGAAAAUUCGACAAAUUAUAACUGCUUAUUUCAAAACGUACCGUAUCCAAUUUCGAAAACUGAACCAAUGUCGAUAGAACGAUUCUGUAGUCAACUACCAAUUCCGACAUCACGCGAAAAUCCACUUGUUUUUUAUACAUUUUCUCCAUUGAAAGAUGGCGAUUCAUCUAAACCAACACUUCACGUUCCUGAAGUGAAAGCGAUUCGACAAAAGAAUGAUGUUGCCGCUGCAUGUGAAUGGGCUAAAGAUAUUGUUGGAUCGUUUUUUUAUGUUAAAGAACAAUUAUUUCAAUAUCAACAUAUUGUACAAACAGCACAAUCGUCAACAACGAUGAUGCAACUUCAUUUAAAAUCGAAACUAUUAGAAUUUCUUUGCGCAAUUCGCGCAAAACUCAUUAUAUUCCGUACGAUUGAAGAAUUAAAAAAUACUCUGGAUCAAAUCGACAGUAGUACAGGCGGACAAUCAACACCAGUAAGUGGCUCAUCGAUGAGUUUAAAUAGUGGUGAUGGAUCUCAGGGAAGAACUCAAUCAGCAAGUGGAGACAUUCCUAAUAUUGGUUUUUCACAUAUCUUAACAAAUCCAACAUCACAAGAUAAUCUUUCAUCACCAGGGGCGAUUCGUCGUCCAGCAUCGACAUCCUCCAUGCAAUUGGUCCAACAAAGUCUUCGUAUUCAUCUACGAUCAUAUCGUCAACCCUAUGACGAAUUAAAGAUGUGUGAACAAAAGAUUUUAGCAAUGAUUCAAGAACAAUCUGGUAGCAAUCUAGAUAUCGGUGACGAACAAAAACUGAUUGUUAAUACACUUUGGUCAUCCGAUAAUACUAAGCAAUAUUCAUCACAAAUUCACUGUACGGACAAACUUCUUAGAGAUCUAAGAGAUCUUUAUGAAAGCUUUUGUCAGGAUCGUUUAUUAAAUUCAUAUAAUCGUUUACAAGUUAGCUCACAUUUUCUUCGUCGAAGGAAAUUCGAACAACUUCAUGAUGACUAUAUCGCUUUUGCUACUGGUCAAUGUUUUCCGAAUCUUCUUCAAAUUUCUCAAGAUUACAAUGAAUGGAUAAGAAAACGUUCAGAUAUCAUCAAUGAAUUUGAACGUAUUAAACAAACAUAUGAUAAACAAUGUGAAAGUAUGAUGAGCUAUGUUGAUAUGAUUGAUAAUCUUCGCGCAGUUGUUUACCAAAAUAUUCGCGGUUUAAAUGGCACGCCAUCGUUUCCACCGACAAAUGAUCAAAUUCAAAAUCCAUUAUCGGUACCUAUUCGUCAACAACAAGUUCAUCAAGCAGAACCUUUAGAAAAUAGCCCACAAGCUGUAGGCAACUCUGAACAACAAGCUCCCGAAAGUACGGGUAAAAAAUUCAUGCAAAAAAUUCAUGGUACAACAAAGAAGACUAUUCAACAUGCUGAAGAAAGUCUUGGUAAAUUAGAUAAUGUACUUGAACAACUUCGUAGAAAUAUGCAGAGAAAAUAA